AUGACUUCAUCUCCUGCGUUGCGUUAUCUCACUCCAAAAGACACUGAUGUGAAGCUACCUCGACAAAUUCAUGUUAAGAACAAAACACCAGCUCCGAUCCAAAUCACCGCAGAACAGCUUCUUCGCGAAGCUAGGGUUCAUCAAGACUCUGUUAUCCGUCCUCCAAAUCAGAAAAUCAAUGAUCAAAUUGAACUCAAUGAGUAUCGUCUCCGAAAACGGAAACAUUUUGAGGAUUUAAUCCGGCGAAAUCGAUGGAAUGUAAGUGUUUGGGUUAAAUAUGCUGAGUGGGAAGAUUCGCAACAAGAUUUUGAACGCGCACGAUCUGUUUGA